AUGCAAGUGCAUGCAGAGUUUGGCCCCGCUCGCGGCUUCGGGGGCCCCCAGGGGGGCCCCCUGGGGCCCCCCGGGGCCCCCGGGGGCCCCUACUCGCCGCAGCAAGCAGCAAAAGCUGCCAAGGCAGUACCCAGGGCCCCCGCCUGCAGCAGUGUCUCUACACUCUCCGGAAUAGCAGGGCUGGGGGCCCCCCUGCUGCUGCCCCUGGCCAAGAGGGCCCCCAUCGCGGCCCUUGUGGCCCGCAGCAGCUCCGAAAAGGAGCACGGGGGGCCCCCCAGGGGCCCCCCAGAGGGGCCCCCAGAGGGGCCCCCCAGGGGGGCCCCCCGGGGGGCCCCCAGGGGGGCCCCCAACUCGCAAAAGGCGAAGUCCAGGCCGCCGGUGUGGGGCCGGGCCCUGGCGACGCAGGGGCCCCCCGCGGCGCUGGGGUGUACACCACCACGGCCUGCAGCAGCAGCAGCAGCAGCAGCAGCAGCAGCAGCAACAGCAGCAGCAGCAGCAGGUCUUUUUCUUUGCUUCAAACGGCCUCUAAGCCUCUACUCUGCCUCCAACUGCUGCUGCCUCUGCUCCCAAUCCCCCAAACGCCACAAAGACACCUCUGGGGCCCACCUUGGGGUACACCGGGAAGCCCUCGGGGCCCCCGGGGCCCCUGGGGCCCCCGGGGCCCCCGGGGCCCCCGGGGCCCCCGGGGCCCCGGCGGGUGGGCCACAAGUAAAGGGCCUCGACUUCCACGAGAGGGAACUGCAGCAAAGCUGCCAGCACGAAGAUUUCGUGCAAGUCCGUAGACCGCGGGAGAAAGAGGGAGACGUUGGGGGCCACGCUGCAGCGCAGCAGCAGCAGCAGCAGCAGCAGCAGCAGCAGCAGCAGCAGCAGCGGCGGCAGCGGCGAAGGGGCUCGGUGGGUCACGCGGUGCGGAGGCGCAGGAAACGAAAGCAACUCCAGCAGCAGCAGCAGCAGCAGCAGCAGCAGCAGCAGCAGCAGCAGCAGCAGCAGCAGCAGCAGCAGCAGCAGCAGCAGCAGCAG